CUUGUACACACCACACACCAGCCAUUGGAGACUUGUCUGCUGAAUUAUAGCCUCUUCUACCUCUUGGACAGGUCAACCACCGUCGAGUACCGGUGUCCGAUAUAUCCCGUGAAGGAUCGGCCUGCCGGCACCGGCCUGCCGGCACCGGCCUGCCGCCACCGCCUCCGCUUGGUGCACUGCUCGCGUCUGAUGAGCAUCUCGUGGGCUGUGGAAGCUUGCUGCCUGCCGCCGGUGAGUCUAAGGCCGGGUACAUGUUGCAGCUCUCUCGUUCUCUUCUCUGUUCGAGCUCGUGGCCUCUCCUAGUCUCCUCACUCCUGCUAUAACUUUCGACCAUCUCCCGAUUUGCUUCCUCCGAUCCCCGGGCAACCACGCCGUACGUAGCCAUGGAGAACGCCGCCGCCAUCGCCGCGUACGAGCCCGCCGUCCUCGUCGGGGAGCCCGCCGUCCUCGUCGGCGAGCCGCCGCUGCGCCAGCCAGGCUUCCCUCGGCUCCGCGGGCGCCGGCUCAACGCCGCCGUCUACGUCGCGGUCUGGGGCGUCACCGGGAUCCUCUCCACAACCAUCCCAGGCCUCAACGCUAACCGCGACCGCGUCCUGCUCCACUUCCUCGCCCUCAUGGCCGGCCUCCUGCUCAUGGUCCUCAGCGUCGCCGCCCCGGAUCUGCCAGUGGUGGAGAGGGCGGCGGCACAUCUUGAGGGUUUGGUCGGGGCCAUGUUCUAGAGCGCGAUCGAUCGCAUCGGUCUGUCUACCGAUGCUCAAUUUGUCCCGAUCUGAUAAAUUUUAUUCGUCGUCGGCCGAAUCCUUCUUUAGUUACUCGCGCGUGCUUUGCCGGUGUGUAUGUGAACCUUCUUUAGUUGCUAUAUUUCUAUGCUUCGAACUUACAUAAUAAUCACCUUAAUUUGCUGUGGAUUUUGGAUAAGCUAGCUUGCCUGUUGUUUGAUCA